CUUGCCCGGAAGUACAACCUUAGGAACGGAAGUGUUUGUUGACUGUGGUCCGUAGCGGUUCCGCGAUGGUGGGCGGCGGUUCCAAGAGGGGUGGCCUCCUGGAAAACGCUAACCCCCUCAUCUACGAGCGCUCUGGGGAGCGGCCAGUGACGGCGGGCGAGGAGGACGAGCAGGUUCCAGACGUCAUCGACGCGCGCGAGAUCUUUGAUCUGAUUCGUUCCAUCAAUGACCCGGAGCAUCCACUGACGCUAGAAGAGUUGAACGUAGUGGAGCAAGUCCGGGUUCAGGUGAGCGACCCUGAGAGCACAGUGGCAGUGGCCUUCACACCCACCAUUCCGCACUGCAGCAUGGCCACUCUUAUUGGCCUGUCCAUCAAAGUCAAGCUUUUGCGAUCUCUUCCUCAGCGGUUCAAGAUGGACGUGCACAUUACACCAGGGACUCAUGCCUCAGAGCAUGCAGUGAAUAAGCAGCUUGCCGAUAAGGAGCGGGUGGCAGCUGCCCUGGAGAAUGUCCACCUGCUGGAGGUUGUGAACCAGUGCCUGUCAGCCCGCUCCUGAGCCUGGCUUUUCACUUCCAGUCCCACCCAGGGCUCAUGGCCUUGUUUUCUUGUAUCACUGACUAUAAGAAAUUAACAUUUGCAUUUUAUAAUAAACCCUUAAUUUAUAUUCA